AUGCCUGAGAGAGUCAUUGUUGUCGGCGCCGGCCUUUCCGGCCUGAGCGCAGCCCACACCGUCUACCUGGCGGGCGGCAAUGUCCUGCUUCUGGACAAGAACAACUUCAUGGGUGGCAACUCCACAAAGGCCACUUCCGGUAUCAACGGCGCUUUGACCCGCACCCAGGUCGACCAUCAGAUUGCCGACAGCGUCAAGCAAUUCUACGACGAUACCAUCAAAUCCGCACGAGAGAAGGCCCGCCCAGAUCUCAUCAAGGUUCUCACAUACCAAUCCGCAUCCGCCGUUGAGUGGCUGCAGGAUGUCUUCAACCUCGAUCUCACGCUCGUCUCGCGGUUAGGAGGUCACUCCUUCCCCCGAACGCACCGUGGCCACGAUGCCAAGUUCCCCGGUAUGGCCAUCACCUACGCGCUGAUGCAGCGUUGGGAAGAGCUCUGCGAGAAGGACCCAGAACGGGUGGAGCUUAUCAAGAAGGCCAAGGUCAAGAAGGUCAACAUGGACGGCGAGAAGGCCACGGGUGUGACAUACGAGUUCAACGGCGAGGAGGUGACAGUCAACGGCCCAGUCGUUCUCGCGACAGGUGGUUACGCCGCUGACUUCACCGAGACGUCGCUCCUCAAGAAGCACAGGCCGGAUACCUUCGACCUGUCCACCACCAACGGAAACCACGCCACUGGUGACGGUCACAAGAUGUUGAUGGAGAUCGGCGCACAGGGUGUUGACAUGGAGUCUGUCCAGGUCCACCCAACUGGUCUGGUCGACCCCAAGGACCCAACCGCCAAGACCAAGUUUUUGGCUGCUGAGGCCCUCCGUGGUGAGGGUGGUCUUUUGAUCAACAGCAAGGGCGAGCGAUUCGUCGACGAGCUCCAGCACCGUGACUUCGUCUCCGAGAAGCUGUGGGAACAGAAGAAGGCUGGCAACUGGCCAAUCCGACUCUGCUUGAACAGCAAGGCCUCCAAGACCCUCGACUUCCACACCCGCCACUACUCUGGCCGUGGUCUGAUGAAGAAGAUGACCGGAAAGGAGCUCGCCAAAGAGAUCGGCUGCGGCGAGGCUGCCCUCAACAAGACCUUCACCGCCUACAACAAGUACGCCAAGGGCGAGGAGAAGGACCCCUUCAACAAGAAGUACUUCCACAACUUCCCCGUCGAGGUCAACGACGACUUCCACGUCGCGCAGAUGGAGCCCGUGCUGCACUUCACCAUGGGUGGUAUCGAGAUCAACGACCAGGCCCAGGUCCUGAAAUCCAACGGCGAGCCUUUCGAGGGUCUCUUCGUCAGCGGUGAGUUGGCUGGUGGUGUCCACGGCGCCAACCGUCUUGGUGGUUCGUCUCUCCUCGGCUGCGUCGUCUACGGCCGUGUCGCAGGUAACAGCUCCAGCAAGUACCUCUUCCAGCAGGCCCUCAAGGGCGCCGGUGGCGUCGCCGCAUCCCGUGCCGGCCUCAUCAGCCUGCACAUCGACCCCAGCACACCCGGCAAGUUCUCCGUCGAGUGGGGCUCAGGCUCCGGAUCCGGCGCCGGCUUCAGCGACGACUCCGCCAAGGUCCAGCAGCAAGGCCAAAAGUCCGCUGCUCCCGUCCUCGGCGGCUCCAAGGACAGCAGCCACCCAGGCAAGAAGUCUGAGGCCAACGACCCCAAGAACUUCAAGGUUCCCGAGAAGGAGUACUCGCUCGAGGAGGUGGCUAAGCACAACAAGAAGGAGGAUCUCUGGAUCGCCGUCAAGGGUGUUGUGAUGAACGUUACCGACUGGGUCGAUGAGCACCCUGGUGGCCCACAAGCGCUCUUCUCGCACAUGGGCAAGGAUGCGUCGGAGGAGUUUGAGAUGUUGCAUGAUGAUGAAGUUAUUCCCAAGUACGCCGCUGAGAUCGUCAUUGGUCGAGUAAAGGGACAGGAGAUAACACUCAUGAAGGACGCAUAA